AUGUCCUCCUCGUCGACAUCCGCACCAUCGGCAUCCUUCGCAGCGGCAGCGCGACGCCGCACACCUCCGCCGACGCUAACGGAGGCGCAGCGCGAAGCGCAAGCGAGAGGCAAGGCGUGGGAGAGCGUGCAGGAAGUGAGAGAGGCGGAGAGUUUCCUGGAGAGGAAGAGGCGGGAGGAGGCGGUCGAGGUGUUGGAGAGCGUCGAGGCGUUGAUGUGGUUUGCUGCGAGUUGGAAUCAGUCUCUCGCUGCGACGCGUCAGCACUUUCAAAAUGUCGCGCUCGGCCUGGCGCCCCAGGCGCCCGUGGCAUGGAGAGAGGAGGGCGAGAUGCCGCAUGAGCAACGCGUUCAUCAUACGACGUCUGGAGCUGCGAGUCCUGCGGGUGGAAGAGCGAGAGGGAACGCACGGGGAAAGAAGCGGGAAUGA